UAAGAAACAGGCGGCAGGCGCAACUGGGGCGAGUGUAGUGCCACAACACAGCAGCCUGGGGAGAGUACCGCAUCUGGAGUAGAGAAGGGGGAAGGAUCACGCGUAAAUUCUUAACACUACAAGAAGAUAUUUUAACCGAGUCCCGGAGACAUGAAGUGCCCCUUCGCACCCCUCCAGAAACCCUCUCCCGUGAGAAGCGCGGAGAAAGACGACGGGCGACACGGCACCGCGGACUUCUGCCGGGAGAAACGUCCCCUGAAAGAGGAGCCCCCGGUGUGUUUUGACCCCCAGCGCCCGGGUGGCCCGGGAGCCAGCCCCGUCCUGCUCCGAGAGCCCCUCAGGGGCGUCCACAACAAGGAGAACCGCAGGACCUCGCUCGCCGUCGAGCUCUCCGACAGCAGGGACUUCGACAGCGACUGCAUCCUCAGCGGCAAUGUCUCCCAGGAGGACAGCGGGUAUCUGUCGCUGCACAGCAGCCAGACGGAGCAGGGGGAGCUCGGCCUCGGGGCCGCGGACGAUGACCAGAAGGUGCCCAGGAGGCACCACCAGCACACCCGGUGCUCGCCGUCUGUGACCGCCUCUCCCUGCGGGGCCAGCCCGGUCGCGCUGGGGCUCCCGGUGCUGCAUUUCCAGCAGACUGUCUGCAAGGAGUUGAGGAGGAGGUACAGGAGAACCCAGAAAUUCGACUGGGGCGUCGUCGGAGAGGUCGCAGAGGACUUCCGACUCCAGGGGGUCGUAGGGAGGAAGAUGGGCGUCGAGCAGCUGGACAUUUUCGAGGAAUUACUGGAGAGGGACAUGAGACACGUCCUGGCCAAGAUUUUACGCUUUCUCACGGAUGUGGAUUUGAUCAACUGUCAAAAAGUGAGUAAAACGUGGCGGAGAGUCAUCUGUGAAGACAAGUGGGCCUUCCAGAUGUGCAAAACGGAUAAAAAGGAUGCAGAAACGUCUGGGGAUUUCACCACGAGGGACUUCGCCUUUUCCAGAGAGGUCCUGUCUUGCCUCCAGGUUGCGGCCUCUACUCCCGUCCACAAGCCACCCAGGAGGAAGGAGUGUGGGCCCAGCCGGCACACCGAGUUCCAGCAGGCAGCAGACGCAUUGAAGCAGCACGAAGCCCUGAAGCCCUGCUCGCACUGCGGCUCCCCGGCCAAGUUCGACUCCUACCUGCGCAGAGCCACCUGCACCCGGGCCAGCUGCGGCUUUGACUUCUGCACCAGCUGCCUGUGCGCAUACCACGGCUCGCAGAGCUGCAGGACUGGGAAAAGGGGCCAGGCCAGGGAGAAAACCACACUGCUCCCGGGCAGCAGCAGGAGCAAGAAGAACCUGAAGAGGCUCUGAUCUGCCCCUUUUACGCAUUUGUGUGAAUGAACUCUUUUUAAAUUAUUUCUAUGCAUUCCACUAGACAUUGCUCCCUAUGGGUAAAAAAAAAAAUGUUUAUUUUGAAGCGGUAAUGCACAAAAGCGUCUGCACACAUUUUUAUAGUGGGGGAACAAUCAUUUUAUUUUUAAGAAAAAAUUGACUUGAAGUUUUAAUGUUUCUUCCCAUUGCUAACUGGGCUGCCCCUGGGGAGGGUGCAGUUUAAAUCAAAUUUCCCGACUGCCAAAAGUUACAAAUGUUACAACGGGUAUGUUUAAAAUGUGAAAGAGCGUCGCGUUUUAUCGAACAAUUAAUUUUUACAGUUUUAGAUUUAUAAGGGGAAUUGGAACCGGUUCAGCUGUGGCAUGUUCUCUUUUGAGAAGGCAUGAUGGACUGGCUAAUCCCCUGCAUCUUUGAAAUGUCUGAAUAUGAGCUGUUUGAUAUGUAAAUACAACUGUAAAUAUUUAUAAUACUGUAUAAUUAUAUGUUGUUACAGUCUGAAUAAACCUUUUUUUUUU